UGGAUGUUGAGGUUUCGCAGGUUUUGUAACCCUGUUGAUCAUCAUCAUCAUGAGAAUUAUUUUCCUUCCUACCUCUGAAGUCGAGUGUUUGUCAUUUCAGUCCUCAGAAUAUCAAUGCGCUGAUAAAGAGCAAGCAGAGUUGAAAAUCCGGGAUUUCAAAGACUGUUAUUCUGGACCGAGUCAUUUUGGUCGUGUGAUGUCCUUUAAAAUGAAAUUGAUUUCAUUUGUCCGUGAAAAUUCGGGAACAAUUUUUGCUCUUGACUUGAUUGCAUCAUUGUUUUUGGACAGUAUAGGAGGAAUAUUUAUUUUAUUAGCUUUAAUGAAGUGCAAUGCUCUCGAUGUUUUCGACACAAGAUUAGCAACAGAAUGGGCGCAGUUUUCUGUCGGUCGACUUGAAUCAAUGAUUACUUUCAUGACUAAUACGCCUAUCGGCCUUAAAUUAAACUUACCACUAGCCAAUUUUCUCGGCCAGUUGUUUUUAUAUCACUUGUACGUUUGGCUGACUUGGGUCAAAUUGCUGCAACCGAUGUUACCUUUUCUGCUUUAUGGUGGUCUAAUUACAUUGAUAUUGGGUAUCUCUGUUUUCACAUCAUUAUUGUUUGAUUUCUUCCAAAUCAUGACUCUACAUUUGUUCUGCUUCUAUUUGUAUGCUGUCAGGAUGUACGCUUUUACUUGGAAGUCGCUGCAAUCUUUAUGGUUACUGUUUAGAGGCAAAAAGUUCAACCCGAACAAAAAACGAGUCGACACUCAGGAAUACGAAACAGAUCAAUUCUUACUGGGUAGUUUAGUUUUCACGACCUUCUUGUUCUUGUUUCCUACCAUAGCAGUGUUUUACUUUGUAUUCGCUAUAAUUCAAUUAGCUUUUUCUGCAGCAAAGUAUAUUCUGUUUCAAGCUGCUACAGUAAUUUAUCAGCCUUAUAUAAGUUUCUUGUAUCAGUUUGCGUAUCCAGACAGCUAUUAUACAGCUGUGUAUGUAGAAACAAAAACGAAGAGUGGGAAAUACGAAUUUAAAAGGAAGAAAGCAACAAAGUUACAAAUUUUAAGAUGCUUCUAUAAAUGUUUACCUGCUGUAUGGUUUCCAGUGUCGCCGAUGAAAACUAUGAGCAGCUGGCUGACAAACAUCGCCUUCGGAUCAUCCAUAGAAUUUUGACAUAAUACUUGAUAGCUUCUCAAAAAUGGACAGACAAUAUUACAAAAAGUUCAAUGUACACAAAUAAACAAGCGUUAGGAAAUCCGCAUUUUGUUUUGCUCAAAAUUUCAGUUUUGAUUCCUGGACCUGCAAUAAUGCCAGUAUAAGAGCAAUCAGCCAGAUAUGAAACACUGUCAGCUUCAAAACUGUUUAAUUGUCGUAAGUAGUGGAUGUUGGAGGUGAUCAGGGGGUCCCUGGUGACCCACAUGUUUUAAGAUAGGGAAUAGAACAUCCGGUCACCCAGUUAUUUAUAAACAUUGGGUAUAGAGUCUACAAUGUAUUAAGUUAGAGAAUAUAAUAUUACUGUU